GUGCAGAAUGCAAGCAAAUCCGAUGAGAUUUCAAGGGGAUGAUUCAUAGGUUGCCAGAUUUUGUCAGGUUUGUUUUUUUCUCUCAGAAGAUCUAAAGAUAUGUCGGUCAUAUGAUUCAUGUGCCUUACACAUAAAAGCGUUACGCUAUCGAAAUAAUUGUUCUCCUUUUUCCUCACACCAAGACAGCACCAGCAAUUACCUGGGACGAUUGUAUUGCGACUGCACGAAGAAACCGAAGGACAAGCCGCGACUUAAACUAUGGGUGGGGCGAGGAGAAGAGGCGUUACUUCCACUCCAACUGAAUACAACUCAAGCCCUGCAAACCAAUAAUCGUGUCUUCAAAGGGGAGAAAAGGCCACUUGUCGUUCGAUGUGACUUCCGUGGCCCUAGAAACAUAUGUUUUGUUGUAUAUUUAUAAUAUAAGCCUAGCAAACGAAGCGGGUAAAUAAGUUGUCAAAGUACGGAGCGCCAGACCUCGGUUCAUCUUUCUGAGCAAGAUCUCAAGAAAACAAGCCGACCGGCGUUCGCUGCGUUCUUUACAAACAUUGGACUGCCGGAGCCGGAGUGUCAGUACGCUUAGAAAUCACGGUGGCGCACAUGGCAAAUAAACUCUAAGAUUCCUGCCUGUCCCCCACCCUCUCUAUCAUACCAAACCCCCCCCCCCCCCCCCCCCCUUUCCCAACUACCAGCACGAUGCGCCGAUUCAGCUCGGAGGGGUCCCUCUUGGACCUGGACUUUUUGCCAUGGAAACGGGUGGAGCUGCGGGACAAGGGGUACUCCCAGGACGGGGAGUCAGGCACCUACACGCCGCAACUGUCGCUGAGCGACUCCGAUGGUCACAUGGUCGUCGUCCCGCCCGGCCUGGACGGGGAGGAGGCGGGGGCGUCUGGUUCGCCCCAGAAGGCCCCGCUCACCAAGGAGUUCAGCGUCAGUGCAGAGAACGUGUCGGGGCGGGGCCAGGAGGACAGGGCCGGCUCCUACCUGCGCGUGGUCUCCCUCGGCGACGGUUGCCGGGCAUACAGCGACGGCCAGCUUGCCCCCGCGGCGGCCGGGGGGCGGAGCAGCGAGCGCGAGGACAUGGAGGAGGGGCCCUCGCGGCAUUCCUCCUCCUACUCCUCUUCCUCCACAGCCGCUUCCGCCACCUCCAGAUACCACCACAGGCAGCAUGCCAAGGCCCGGCUGACGUCAGCAAAACUACACCUGAAGAACCUGUUUGGACAGAGCCCUCACUCGUCUCACACCAACCUCAGCUCAGAGCAUAAGGACAUUCAGAACAGCUCCAGGGAGAAGAAGUCGCGCCUCCCGUUCCUCCGGCAGUGGAGCCAGGUGGGCCACGGCAGCGCGCGGCUGAGCCGGGAGGAGGUGCUGGGCUGGGCCGAGUCUGUGGACGUGCUGCUGUCCAGCCGCGUGGGCGUGGCUGUGUUUGGGGCGUUCCUGCGUUCUGAGUUCAGCGAGGAGAACCUGCAGUUCUACCUGGCCUGCGAGCAGUUCUGCCAUUCCUCCACCAACUUCACCCUGCAGAGGAGAGCGCGCGAUAUCUACGCCACUUACAUCCAGCCUGGAGCUCCCAGAGAGGUGAAUUUGGAUAGUAAGACUCGGGACCUGACGCUGCAGCUGCUGCAGGCCCCCUCCCACUCCUCUCUAAGCCACGCCCAGAAGCGGAUCCACUACCUCCUGGAGUCAGACUGCUACCCCCGAUUCCUGCAGUCGCCCGUCUACCUCUCCCUGCUGGAAUAGAGGGAGAGAGGGAGGAGAGGAAGAGAGGGGGAGAGGAGGGGAGGAGAGGGGGAGGUGGAGUCGGACUGCUACCCCCGAUUCCUGCAGCCGCCCGUCUGCCUCUCCCUGCUGGAAUAGAGGAAGAGAGGGGGAGAGGGAGGAGAGGAGUCAGACACCAUGCUCAUGUGACUGCUCUGCACAGUUAAUGCAGCUCCCUAACAUGUAAACGCCCCCCCCCCCCGCUUCCGCUGCUUUGGGCACUGUUACAAAAUUCAGCCAGAAAGUUUUUUUUUUCAGCAGCACGUUUUGUAAGACUGGAAGUUCUCACACUGCUUGCGCUACGCGUGGAGGGAAUAAGCAGCACAGAGUCUUCUUUCCAAACUGCACCGCUGCUUCAAAAUGUUUCUGUGUUUUUAAUGGAAAAAAAUAAGAAAUUUCCAUGAAAAUCCCCUGAACGCCUCUUUUUAAACAAUAAAGUUGACCUCUGGCUGAACUCCUGGCCCGGAGAAGACAGGAACAAGUGAGAGAGAAAAAAAGAGGAAGAUGACAUGA